UGACUGACAGCGCCGGGCAGCCAGUCGUCGCAGCGCCGUGCAGCCGAGCCCGGCGCCGUCUCCCCGGUGACCGGGGCAGCCGCUGCCUCGGCGGAGUAGCCGGAGUCCCGGGAGACAGAGAUUUUCAUCGGAUGGAGUGCUACUCUUGAAACAUGACAAAAAACUGGAUUAAAUAAAAGUUUUCCCAUUUUAGGAAAAAAAAAAAAUCCAAAAUGUACAGACCAGGAGAGACGGUCAAACGUCGGCUCAACAUGCACGCUCCUCCGCGGAUAAGGAGCGUGGAAGUUGCUCGAGGAAGAGCAGGUUAUGGCUUUACCCUUUCUGGACAAGCUCCUUGUGUUCUUAGCUGUGUGAUGAAAGGAAGCCCUGCAGAUUAUGUUGGACUUAAAGCAGGAGAUCAGAUAUUUGCAGUUAAUGAAAUCAAUGUGAAAAAAGCCUCGCAUGAAGAUGUAGUGAAACUUAUAGGGAAAUGUUCUGGAGUCCUGCACAUGGUCAUUGCUGAAGGGAUGAGUCACAUGGAUUCAUGUUCAAGUGAUGAAGAAGUUGGUUUUUAUGAUGGGAAGGGGUGGCUAAAACCCAAACCUGACUCUAAAGCUCUGGGUAUAAACAGAGCAGAGAAAGUUGUUGAAGAAAUGCAGUCUGGUGGCAUCUUCAAUAUGAUCUUUGAGAAUCCUGCUCUUUGUGCUGGUAACUCAGAUAAUUCUGCACCAAAACAAAGAUCAUUUUCAGUUUCUGCUGCUAUGAAAUUUGAAACUGGCAAUGAAAGUGCGAGCAAUCCCAACCUACUGUCAAAGGAAGAAAUAGCCAAAGUUCUGAAUGAUGAUUCAGUUUUUAGAAUUGGACUGGAGAGUGCAGAAGACUUUGGCUUAGAUGCAAGCAUUUUGAAUGUUGCCAUGAUUGUAGGUUACUUAGGCUCCAUUGAACUUCCUUCAACAACUGCAAAUUUGGAAACAGAGAGUUUGCAGGCCAUUCGUGGGUGCAUGAGACGUCUGCGGGCAGAGCAGAAAAUCCAUUCCCUGGUGAUGAUGAAGAUAAUGCAUGACUGUAUUCAGCUCUGCAGUGACAAAUCAGGUGUUGUGGCAGAAUAUCCUGCAGAGAAACUGGCAUUCAGUGCUGUUUGCCCAGAUGAUAGAAGAUUCUUUGGACUAGUUACAAUGCAGACAAAUGAUGAUGCAAGCUUGGCUCAGGAAGACGAAGGGGUCCUGAGGACAUCUUGCCAUGUUUUUAUGGUGGAUCCUGAAUUAUUUCAUCAUAAAAUUCACCAGGGUAUAGCAAGACGUUUUGGACUGGAAUGUACAGCGGAUCCAGAUACCAAUGGCUGUCUGGAGUUUCCAACAUCAUCUCUCCCUGUCCUGCAGUUUAUUUCUGUCCUGUAUAGGGAUAUGGGGGAGCUGAUUGAGGGAAUGCGAGCGAGGGCUUUCCUUGAUGGUGAUGCAGAUGCUCAUCAGAAUAAUAGUACCAGCAGUAACAGUGACAGUGGAAUUGGAAAUUUCAACCAAGAAGAAAAGAAUAAUAGAGUUCUGGUGGUUGAUUUAGGGACCAAUCCAAGUAAACACAUUCCUAGCAGCAUAUGGGAGAAUCCAGUAGGAAGGGGACAAAAUCAGCCUGCUCCCCAUUGGAACGGCUUCUGUCAUGAGCAGGAGGGAAACAUCCCUUUAGAAGUAAUUCAGAACGAUAAGUCCCAAAAUGUAAGCAAACACUUGAGCCCUUCUGCUCGUAUUGAAGUCCCAUUGAUUUCCUCCCGAAAUUCAGUACCCCCAUCCAAGAAAAACACUGCAGGCCUGGGCAAUCAGAGGUGGCUGCCUGUGCACGUUUUACAGGAGUGGCAGUAUGGCAAUGCCAGCGACCAGGAGUCGUACACAGACUCCACAGAUGGCUGGUCCAGUGUGAACUGUGGGACCCUUCCCCCCCCAAUGAGUAAGAUUCCAGCUGACAGAUACAGAGUUGAUGGCAGCUUUGGUCAGCCACAGCUAAAAUCUCACAAAAGUGAAUGGUCCAAGAAGAUGUUGUGCAUUCAGAACAAAUUUGGCCCUCCACACAGUAUCAGGAAAUCUAAAGAAGAUAAAAAGGGUGCAAAAUUUGGACAUUCAAUGGGAUUAAAUCAGGCUCCUCCUCCACGUUCCUCUGCUCGAAGAUCAUUUGGAAGAUCGAAGCGAUUUAGCAUCACUCGCUCUCUGGAUGACCUCGAGUCAGCAACUGUUUCUGAUGGAGAGCUGAACAGCACUGAGUUGAAGGACUGCAUCAGUGAGAACAGCCUCAGCAGCAAUGCCAGCCUCCCCAGCGUGCAGAGCUGCCGGCGCCUGCGCGAGCGGAGAGUUGCCAGCUGGGCCGUGUCCUUUGAGAGGCUUCUGCAGGACUCUGUUGGUGUUAAAUAUUUCUCGGAAUUUCUACGGAAAGAAUUUAGCGAAGAAAAUAUUUUAUUUUGGCAGGCCUGUGAAUAUUUUAACCAUGUACCUGCACAUGAUAAAAAAGAGCUUUCUUACAGGGCUCGGGAGAUCUUUACUAAGUUCUUGUGUAGCAAAGCUACAACCCCAGUUAAUAUUGACAGCCAGGCACAGCUGGCAGAUGAUAUUCUCAAUUCUCCCCAUCCAGAUAUGUUCAAGGAACAGCAACUUCAGAUAUUUAACUUGAUGAAGUUUGAUAGCUACACUCGCUUCCUCAAAUCCCCCCUGUACCAAGAGUGCAUCUUAGCUGAAGUGGAAGGACGUCCUCUUCCUGAUCCUCAGCGUGUUCCCAGCAGCCCCACUUCUAAACACAGCGUCAGUUCAGACAAGUCCAACAUGUCCACACCAAAAAAGCUAAGUGGUAAGUCAAAGUCAGGAAGAUCUUUAAAUGAAGAGUCAGGAGAGGAGGACACUGAGAAGAAAAAGAGGGGAACGUUCUUCUCGUGGUCAAGAAGUAAGAGUUUGGGAAAAUCACAGAAGAGAAGAGAAAAUGGUGAUUAUCCAAACGAUUCUUUUCAGUCCAAUGGAUUGUCCUACAGACGGGAAUCUCAAGGCUCCAUGUCAUCCACUGCUAGCCUCGACUUGUCUGAAAGCUCAAGAUUGCCUGCAUUUGUGCCAGAUAAAGACAAAUCCCCCAAGUACUGCUGUGUAAACCUUCCUGAUGGCUCAUCGAGCAAAAUGGCUGUGAAAUCAGGGUUCUCCAUCAAGGAGGUGCUCUCUGGGGUCUGUGAGAAACAUGGCAUCAACAUAGCUGCAGUGGACCUGUUCCUAGUUGGAGGUGAUAAGCCCCUGGUGUUGCACCAGGACAGCAGCAUCCUGGAGUCUCGGGACCUGCGCUUAGAAAAACGCACUUUAUUUCGGCUGGAUCUGGUUCCUAUCAACCGGUCAGUUGGUCUGAAGGCAAAACCCACCAAACCAGUAACAGAGGUCUUAAGGCCUGUUGUUGCAAAAUAUGGUUUAAAUCUUAAUGAACUUGUGGCAAGACUAAGUGGUGAGCAGGAGCCCCUUGAUCUUGGUGUCCCUAUAUCUAAUCUGGAUGGUCAGCGAGUUGUUCUAGAUGAAAAGGAACCAUCAAAGGGUAGAGAGAAACAAAGAGGCAUAUUAGUAAAACAGACUGCAACUGUAUCUUCUUCAAGAAGUCAAGGAUCUACUGGAGAGGGAAGAACUCUAGGAAAGUCUAAUUCUAUCAAAAUGAAAGGCGAAAAUGGAAAAAAUGCUAGGGAAGUCCGGCUGUCAAAGAGAGAAGACUCUAUUGCAAAGAUUGGGAAAAAAAAAAGUCAGAAAAUAAAUUUGGAUGAAGCAGAGGAGUUUUUUGAACUCAUAUCCAAAGCACAAAGUAACAGAGCAGAUGACCAACGUGGACUGCUAAGGAAAGAAGACCUUAUUCUUCCUGACUUUCUUCGUUUACCACCCACUGGACCAGAACCAUCCUCAUCUACACCCGCAGGUCCUAAAGGCCUCAGCAAGCGAGUUUCGAAAAGCGAUGGCAGUGAUGGAUGUACAUCACCCAGUGGAAAACAGGAGUCCCUGCAAAGCUUUAAUGAAAAUUCAGUAAAGAAAGUGGGUUACUCAGAAAACAAACAUAAGUCUGCUUUGGCAGCACUCCACAGCCAGAAGACUUUCAGUGUUCCUUUUAGCCCUCCGUUGUCUCCGAUUCCGCACGCCCAGGAGAGCAACGCCGCGGUGUGGAAAAGGCAGUCCAGAGAGCUGCAGGCUGAAGGCAUUCAGAUGGUAGAUGAUGAGAAUGUGGCAGACUUGACUCUUGUGGCUGAAGGAGACAUUAGCAGCCCUAACAGCACUUUGCUACCACCGCCACCACCAACGCCACUGUCAGACAUCAGUAAACUCACGGAAGCCAACUAUCCGCCCCCAACUCCUUUUGCAGGUAAUCAGGAAAAAUCUGGAUUUCAAAGAUCCAAUUCAGGUGUAAGCAGAAAGAAAAAUGAUUCACAAGGGACUUCAGGAAAUUCCUAUGAGCAGACCCCUCACAAAGCAAAGGCCAGCAGAAGCUUUAAUCCUCCUGGUGUGAGAGGGAACCCUGGAAUGGAGCUCCCUGUGAACAGGAUAAUUGAUGUGGAUGGGGUCAAGCUGGAGGACUCUGGGACACGCUCCUGUGAUGACUCUGAAGGGAACCUCAGCUUUGAGGGUUACAUCUCUGAACUGAGGUCUUGCCAAGGGAGGAUGAGGACUGGAGUUUACAGGACAUCAGACCUUCCAUCUCUGAUAGCUGUCAAGAGCGAGAAGAAUAAGGCCACUGAGAAUCAGUACAAAGCUACUUUUGUUUAAAUCUCUGCUUUUAAUUAAAUUUUCUGGGAUUUUGUUUGGCAUCAGCAGCAAUGGAGAUAUGUAUUAGAGACAUGUUUCUGCAAGAUGUAAGUGGUUUUCAAUAUCCACUUGCCUUCAAAGAGCUGGCUAGAGACCAUCACUUCUGAUAUGAGCUGGAAGUCCUAGAAUGAAAAAAUAGUAUUCCAAUGAAAGUAUUGAGCUAUUUGGUUUUGCUUUUUUUCCAUUUCUGUACUAUUUUCCCUGGGAUGAUUCCAGUGAACAGUGCAAUUAAAAUAAUGAUUUCGACCCCUACCCUUCUUGUCUUUAUUCAAGACAAACUUACUUUAAAUUCCCUGAUCCAAACGUUUUAUUUAAGAUAAUUUCAGUUUCAUCUUCUGAUGGUAUUCCCUGUGUUUUAGUAGAUUUUUGAAAUGUGAGUAAAAUCAGUUACUGCUGUAAAAAAGAUUAGGAUAUUUUCUUAAUAUCUUCCUGUCUGUCUCAUAACAUUUGGGAAGAGGUCCAAAUGGAAUUCAGUCUUGUCUAAUACAUUGCCUGGUUAUAUGCAUUAAUGCCAUUGUUAUACAAGCAGCAAGAAGCAAACAACAACAACAAAAAACCAACAAAAAACCCAACAACAACAACAAAACCACCACUGCAUCCAACAACAACUGAAAAAACCAAAACAAACCAAAAUUGUGAAUUUCCCAUGCUGGGAAUAGUAGCUGCUUUCAUAGCCACCACUGGUGGUGUUUCCAUACCAGAGAUAUUUAUCUAAUUACACAGUGGUGUGAUGGUCAUUGGGUCUCUCCUCACUACUGCUCUCAGUGCCUUUUAACUUUGGGGAAAGGCAAUUUGGUUAUUGCUCUUCAAUAAAGGUUCAGUGCCUCUC